UACAAAAUGCAACCAAGAAACUUUGAACAAAUAUUUUGCAGACUGUGUCUUACUAUUAUAAACGAUAGAAAUUGCGAAAUAAUAGGAGAAGCCUUAAGGGAAGUUCUGGCAGUAGUUUUGCCGAAUCUGGAUCUUAAGGACAUAGAUAAACAUGUAAUGUGUAAAACGUGUUCCAUAAAGCUAUUCGCGGCCUUUAAUUUUAAAUCGACAUGUAAGGAUACAGAGGGUAUUAUUUUUCCAUACAUUAAUUCGAAUUCAGGGUCAGUAGUGGAUUUAAAAGAAGUAUAUUUAAAGGAAAAAGGAAAUAUUCACCCUAUUGAUAUAUCCGAAAACCAAAGAAUUUGUCGAUUAUGUAUUCAGUUGGUAACAUAUGGGUUUGCCGCACUAAAUGAAGUGGAUAUUGACAUAAUCAAUGCAUACAUACCGCAAGUUAACAUCAGUGCUAGCAAAGACCCUGUAAUAUGUGCAUCCUGUUUGGAUUCGCUUCGUACUCAUGGAGGUUUCUUAAAGAACUGCCUUGACUCCCAGGAAAAAUAUAAAAGUGCAGAUGAGCAUUAUCAUAUCAAAACUGAAGAGAUUGGAAUAAAACUGGAAGAUAAUCAGCAUGCGAUGGACGAAUAUAAAAACAUUCUUGAUAUGCCCUCUUAUAUUGAACCUGAAGAUAUUAAAAUAAAACUGGAAAGUGGUGAGGAUACGGAGGAAAUGUAUAGAAACAUUUACAAGCAGCCUUAUCUUAAAUCUGACAUUGAAAUAAAAAUCGAAGAUGUCGACAAUGUUCAGGAGAAAUACCAAAAUGUUGAUAAACAGGCUUAUAUUAAAUACGAAGAGAUUGAAAUGAAGUUGGAGGAUGAUCAUGGGAGUAAUUCUUUUUCGUAUGGCUUAGUUGAUGAAACAAUGGAAGACGAAGUGAAAUGGAGUUCAGAAGAUGUAGGAGAAAUAAAGACGGGACUUAACGAAAUAUAUGCAACUCCGCUGUUGGGUCACGAUGUCCAAGUACCCAAAAACGAAAACUCUAGGUUUCAAAAGUGUAAACCUUCAUUAAGUAAACGAUUCUAUCAGUGUAAUAUAUGCAAGUAUGAAACCAAAUUUAAAACGAAUCUGAACAGUCAUCAGCUACUGCACAAAGACCUUUCAGACAUCGAACUGUUCAAGUGCGAUACGUGCAGUUUUGAAACUAAGUAUAAGCGUUCUCUAAACAGACAUCAGAUAAUGCACAGAAACGUUUCAGAAAUUCAAAUGUACAAACGCGAUACUUGUACAUAUGAAACUAAUCAUAAGGGACAACCAAAUGUGCAUCAGUUAUUGGACAAAGACCCGUCAGAAAUCCAAAUGUAUAAGUGCAAUGCUUGUACCUAUGAGACUAAGUUUAGAAGCAAUCUAAAAUCACAUCAAUUAAUACACAAAGAUUCUUCAGAAAUCCAAAUGUACAAGUGUGAUACAUGCGGUUUCCAAACUAAGCAUAAGAGACAUCUAAAAUCGCAUCAGUUAAUACACAAAGAUUCCUCAGAAACUCGAAUGUACAGAUGCGAUACUUGUACUUUUGAAACUAAAUACAAGAGUGGCCUAAAUAAGCACCAGUUGAUGCACAAAGACCUUUCAGAAAUCCCAAUGUACACGUGUGACGCCUGUAGUUAUGAAACUAAACGUAAGAGCGAUUUGAGCAGACAUCAAUUAAAGCACAAUAACAUAUCAGAAAUCGAAAUGUACAAGUGUGAUACGUGUACCUAUGAAACUAAAUUUAAAAAGGAUCUAAAAUCGCAUCAACUAAUACACAAAGAUUCUUCCCAAGUCCAAUUAUACACAUGUGGUUCUUGUACCUAUGAAACUAAGUUUAAGAGGAAUCUAAAAUCGCACCAAUUAAUACACAAGGAUCCUUCAGAAAUUUGGAUGUACAAAUGUGAUACCUGCAAUUUUGAAAGUAAAUAUAAGCAUUGUCUAAAACAUCAUCAGUUAACCCACGAAGACCCAUCAGAAAUCCACAUGUACAAAUGUGACACUUGCACUUUCGAAACAAAAUUUAAGCGUCACCUAAAGCGUCAUCAGUUAACACACAAACAUAUUUCUGAAAUCCAAAUGAAUAAAUGAGAC